AUGCGUUCCAUUGCUGAACCGCGUCGUGCAAUCGUCUCAUGUAAACAUAUAUUUUCAUCCUAUGCAAGUGAUUGUUCUACGCUAACAUCUUCAUAUCGAUCGACAAAACGAAGAUUAAACGGCAAUAUUUCGAAUGCCAAAGUCUUUCAAAUUUCAUUCGAUGAUGAAAGAAAAUUCUUAGUUAAUAAUGAUAAAUUACUCAGGACAUCGUUAGAUCCACUAUCGCCUAGUUUUUAUUCGCAUCAUCAUGAAGAAACAAUGCCAAGUGACAUCAGAUAUCAAUCUGAAACAUCUGAUUAUGGUAGUUGCAGUACUGAUCCUGAACAACAAUUUUCUCCAAUAUUAUUCAAUAAUGAUAAUCAAUCAUCAUUUUCAUUUUCAAUUAUAAACAAUAAUAAUAAUCGUCGCAGUAAAUCAUCAUCAUCAUCAUCCUCAUCAUCAUUAUCAUCUUAUGAAUCUAAUCAUAAAAUUAUAUGUUCUUGUGGAAAAGAAAAUUUUCAAACUCGUAAACGUUACAAACGUUAUAUGAGAAAAACUUCCUAUGAAAGCUAUCAAACAAAACGUAUAAAAACGAACUAUCGUUCAAAAUAUCGUAAACAAAAUUUUAAUAAUUCACUAAUUAAAUUUAGUAUUGAUCUAACAGCUAUUCAACCACCACCAACACGAUCGUGGCUUCGCCUUUCAUCACCGAAUACAACACAACCAACUGCCAUAUUUACCGUAAUGAAUUACAAUAUUCUUUGUGAUAAAUAUGCAACAAGACAUGUUUAUGGCUACUGUCCAUCGUGGGCGUUGAAAUGGGAUUAUAGACGAAAACAAAUUCUUGAAGAAUUACGUUCCUAUUCAGCCGAUAUUAUCGCUCUCCAGGAAAUUGAAACUGAUCAAUUUUACUCAUUCUUCCUACCUGAAUUACAAAAAAAUGGUUAUGACGGCGUAUUCAGUCCUAAAUCUCGAGCCAAAACUAUGUGUGAACAAGAUCGUCGAUAUGUUGAUGGAUGCGCUAUAUUUUAUCGACAGUCAAAAUUUCGUUUAAUCAAAGAAUAUCUCGUUGAAUUCAAUCAAUUAGCUAUGCUAGCUGCAAAUGGUACCUCUUGUCACGAUAUGAUGAAUCGUGUUAUGACGAAGGAUAAUAUUGGUCUCGUUGCAUUUCUUGAAACAAAAGAAGAAAUUUAUUCUCAUACAUUUUCUAAUGGUGUUCUACCAUCAGAUCAUAGACAAAUGUUAUUUGUAUGUACAGCUCAUAUACAUUGGGAUCCUGAAUAUUGCGAUGUAAAAGUUGUACAAACGUUUAUGUUAUUAUCCGAAUUGAAAAGUAUAAUGGAUGACGCCAUACAAAAGCAUCGACCAAAUUUAAAUACAUCCGUCGAUUGUGCCACAGUUCCAUUGGUUCUUUGCGGAGAUUUUAAUUCUUUGCCUGAUUCAGGUGUUAUUGAAUUAAUGCGCACUGGUAAAAUUUCAAUGAAUCAUGCCGAUUUUAAAGAUCUCUGUUAUGACUCCUACUUGAAAAAAUAUUGUCGUCUCGAUGAAGAUUUAACACCAAGCAAUGAUAUUAUACAUCAUUUUAAAUUACAAUCAGCUUAUGAAACAACAGCAACAUCACCUAUCAUGCCGUAUACUAAUUAUACGUACGAUUUUAAAGGUAUUAUUGAUUAUGUUUUCUAUUCAACACAAUUAAUGCGUGUACUCGGUGUAUUGGGACCCCUUGAUCCUGAAUGGCUUCAAACAAAUAAAAUAGUCGGUUGUCCACAUCCGAACGUUCCAUCGGAUCAUUUUUCACUUCUGGUCGAAUUCGAACUGAAUCCAACAUCGAACGAGAAUUUAAAAAAUUCUACAACAUCAAUAUCUACACGACGACAAUAA